AAUUCACAACCGUGUUGUCAUGUCAGACACACACUCACUCACACUCUCUAGUUCUUCUUAAUUCUACCUUACUUUCGUGAGGAUCUUCAAUUUUCACAUUUCCGCACAAAUUGCCAGUGCCACCACCCUAUGACACCACUUUGCCGGCGGUUACCCACCGCCGGCGCCGCCUCACCGUUCGUCCACAUCCGGCGCCAACAUACAUCGCCCCCUGCCGCGAUUUGCGACAUCCGCCGAUUCCACCAGACAGAGCAACCCGGAUUCGCGCUGCGGGUUCGACUAAGGCGGCACUUGCCGGUGCUGUUGGCGGAGGCGACUGGACAUGGCGGCGCGUGGGAGAGAUCUGUCGAAGGUGAGGAGGAAGAGAAUGCGAGGCCGCGAGUUGGUGAGCUUGAGCCGGCGAGUGGCCGGGGAAGCGUGAAUCGGACGGCGGAGGUGGUGGCUGCGGCGGCGGUGACGGUGGUGAUGGGCGUCGGUAACCGGGUGAUGUAUAAGCUAGCGUUGGUUCCUUUGAAGCAGUACCCUUUCUUUCUGGCUCAGCUUGCUACUAUCGGAUACGUAAUAGUAUACUUCUCUAUUUUGUAUAUCCGGUACCGCACGGGCAUUGUCACCGAUGAGAUGUUAUCUGUGCCAAAAACUCCAUUUCUAUUUGUUGGUCUCUUGGAGGCUCUGGGUGCUGCCACAGGAAUGGCAGCAGGAGCAAUGCUAUCUGGAGCAUCAAUUCCAAUUUUAUCUCAGACUUUUCUCGUGUGGCAAAUUUUCCUCUCAAUUGUUUUUCUUGGGAGACGAUAUAAAGUCAACCAACUACUUGGAUGCUUCCUUGUCACAGUUGGUGUAAUUAUUACUGUAGCAAGUGGAUCUGGUGCUGGGAAAUCAUUGAAAGAAGCUGGUAUAUUUUGGAGUCUUUUAAUGAUAGUUUCAUUUUUAUUCCAAGCAGCUGAUACUGUGCUGAAGGAAGUAAUCUUUUUAGACGCAACCCGAAAACUGAAGGGAGGUUCUCUAGAUCUGUUUGUUGUCAAUUCCUUCGGAUCUGCUUUCCAAGCACUAUUUAUAUGCCUCCUCCUCCCCUUCUUAUCAAGAUUAUGGGGCAUCCCCUUCAGUCAACUACCCAACUACCUUAAAGAUGGUGCAGCCUGCUUUCUGAAUGUUGGGACCCUGUCAAGUGGAUGUGAUGGAGCCCCCCUGCUGCCCUUGCUGUUUAUUAUUGUCAACAUGGGCUUCAAUAUCUCUUUGCUUCAUCUCCUCAAGAUCUCUUCAGCAGUUGUCUCUUGUCUGGCUUCCACAUUUGCAGUCCCCAUAUCUAUUUAUGUGUUCACGCUGCCAUUGCCAUACCUCGGCAUUGCCUCUUCUCUUCCGACGGGCUUUCUUGCUGGGGCCAUCAUUCUCAUCAUGGGAUUACUCAUCUAUACAUGGACUCCUUCAAAUGGUUCCUCCAAUUCUUCUUUGGCGGCUCCAACCUAGAGAGGCUAGGAGGAAUUUUGAACCCUCUAGCUGCACCAUUGGCCCAAGCCUAAAGGGUAUGUUGCAACAAGCCUCGUCAUGACAUCAAACGGCAUGAUUCAGGUCCAUUCUUUUGUGAUGCUCACAAAACAAAGAGGGUGAAAUGAAACUGAUGUAAUUCUUGUUUCAAUAAAUUGCUAGUCCUUUGAAGAAAAGGGAACGGGAAAUGAAUCCCCUUGAGCUUGCUCAAGUGAUGGAGAAAGAGUACAGAUAGUUUUAGUUCAAUUUUUUGGGGUGAUAAAACAGAAAUUUAAUUAUAGGGAAAUAGCUAUUUCAUGGAUUGAGUAAACACUGACAGAACAUAAUUUUAAGGUGAUAAUGCUAAAAAUUUGAAUGAGAGUAAACUCAUGUUCUGUUAUGUCC